AUGAGAAAACACCAGGCUGCGAAGAGAAAGGACAUCCUUGAACUCGUUUUAGUUGUGCUACCAUGGAUUUUACUCAUCACGCUUUGGCUCCAACGUCCUGGCAACUCGUUGCUUCCAGUUCCGAAGGCUAACAGAACUGGGGUCGGUAAAGCUCACCAAAGAAGCUUUAGACUUCAUGAGCUCUGCAUCAUAAAGAACAAGCACAUCACUGAGAUCACCCGGAUGAAAUACGUCCACAGCCACUCUCUACCCUGUUUUGAUGCAUUGCCAACUCUUCAUGUAAUAACUCCAACCUACAGUAGGCCCGUCCAGAAGGCAGAGUUGAUCCGCCUCACUAACACUCUCCUACACGUCCCCAAACUUCACUGGCUAGUGGUGGAGGACGCGGCACAGAGCACGGCGAUGGUGUCCAGACUGCUGGAGAACACGGGACUGAAUUACACCCAUUUGAAUGUAGAGACGCCGCCGGAUUUCAAAGUGUUGAAGAAGCCCAGAAAUGAAAGUAUUCCACGUGGAACCAUGCAGAGGAACCUGGCUCUCCGCUGGCUCAGGGAGAACAUCAACUCCAGCUCGGGUCAUAAAGGAGUUGUGUAUUUUGCAGAUGAUGAUAAUACUUACAGCUUGGAGCUGUUUGAGGAGAUGCGAUGGACUCGUAAAGUAUCUGUCUGGCCGGUCGCCUUCGUCGGAGGUCUCCGGUACGAGACGCCCAAAAUCAAUUCUCAAGGCAAAGUGUUCGGCUGGAGGACGGUGUUUGACCCUCGUCGGCCUUUUGCCAUCGACAUGGCUGGGUUUGCAGUGAACCUUCAGUUCAUCCUCAGCAAACCUCAAGCCUACUUUAAGCUAAAAAGUGUAAAAGGCGGAUACCAGGAGAGCAGUUUGCUACAGGAUCUGGUCACUCUCAGUGACCUGGAACCCAAAGCCUCUAACUGCACAAAGGUACUGGUUUGGCACACCCGGACAGAAAGACCCCUGCUUGUGAAUGAAGGAAAAAAGGGAUUCACAAAUGCCAGCGUGGAAGUAUGAUGAACUGCUGUCAUGCAUUUUUUUAAUACCGAAGUAUCCUGUCAAAACUGGACUAGCAGCGAGAAAGUAUUAUUCAGCACACUGAAUUUAAACUGUCCCCUUGUCAAAGACAGAUUUGAGUAUUUGACUAAGACACUCUCACUAAAGGGCAACUCUUAAUUAAAAGGGAUUUAAUGGAAAUGUAAAGAGUCAAACUCUUGAAAGCUUCGCAACAACUUAAUUCCCAUGUCUUUUGCACAGAUUUUUGCCCUGUUUGCAGUCUGGAUUAGUCUAACUGCCAAAAGUCAGAGCCUACCAAUUUUAGGCAGUUAGAGUUAACCGAUUUUGCCGAAACUUGCAUGGUGGCCACCAACUCUGAUUUUUUAGCUUGAGACUAUAGAUGCGUCCCAAUUCACGUACUUAUGCACUAUUCUAUGAAGUUUUUAAGUACAAAUAAGUACUUAAUUUCCAAAAAGAAAAAGUGCACUUUAAAUACCCGGAUGAUGCACUAAGUUAACGGAAAAAAACAAAGUGUGGAAUAUUGGACACUUCAUGCACUCAACUGUCACAGAUUUAAUUACGUAGCGGAGGGGGAGGGGGUAUCGGACUCCGUUGUUAAAUGACAAAAUAACCUUUUACAUUUCACGUACUACAUGCAUGAGUACAUAGUGCAUAAGUACAUAGUGUAUAGUGCGUCAUUUGGGAUGCAACUUGUGAUUCAGUCUAGUUGGAAGAUAUCAAACAUGUUCGAUAUUUUGAGCCAAUUUUAGAAUGGAUAUCGUUUUCAUUUGUCACAAAUCUCCUAGCAACAAGGCACAUGUUUCUUUGUGAGUUUGUUGUGUUGGAACCAUAGAUAUAUAAACAUAGCUGCCUCAUUAUAUAUAAACAUAGCUGCCUCAUUAGUAGCUGUUUCUAUUGGCCACUGUAUGUAAGCAGUCCGCCAUAUUGGAUCAGUCAAAACACCGGUCCAUGAACAAUCGAGAGCAAAUUGACUGUUCGUCUGCAACCGUAGUUAGAUGCAUGUAUGAAUAUCUACUUGCAAUAGACUUCAGCAGAUGAUUUUGCUAAACUAACACAAUACAACAAGACAAAGGCAUCAGCUAACACAACAUUAAAAAGUUAUCAUACUAUAAAAACCUGUAAUAUUGAGUUAUUACAUAUAAAAACACAAACCAACACAUUCUCAUAGUAUAAAAACCUGUAAUAUUGAGUUAUUACAUAUAAAAACACAAACCAACACAUUCUCAUAGUAUAAAAACCUGUAAUAUUGAGUUAUUACACAUAAAAACACAAACCAACACAUUCUCACCUGUGAAAUGUUAUUUCAUUUCUUAUGGAAUUUAAAUCUCGGCAGUUUCACAUUCAGAAGCUGAACAAUGUUGUGGAAUCAUUGAUUCUUACUGUGAGUGAUGACAUCCUGACCGUUCCAAGAUGGCAGGCUGAUGUGUCUGGAGUGGUCGAAUGUGGCAUCUGUAUACAUAUAUCUAUAGUUGGAACGACUUGACAAUCUGGUAGUGUGUGAUCCUGCAAGUGUAUGAUGUCCUGUUUUUCUCUGUGAUCAUUUAUAAAUUAUGCAAAAUGUAUGAUGCAUUGUGUUUUUAAAUUUCUUCAGAUUUUAAAGGUCGUGUAAUGAUACAUAACACUGCUGCACAACAACUUCGUUCUCAUGCUCUGGAAAACUUCCCUUCUAACAGAGCUUUACUAUGCUGAUUUGAUGUGGGAGGUCAGGUACAAUUUGGUUAAAAAUAGUAUUUGCAAUGAUGCAAACAUCAUUGCAAUGCAUUAACAAAAAUGUAGCAUCAUUGCAAUUGAUACAAAUUUUCUAUUAAUUGUUUAACAAUCCAACAUUGACAACUUUUUGUUCAUUUAAUUUUUUUUUGUUCAGGCACUUUUCUUGCGACGAGAAUACAUUUAAGUUGGUCAGUGAAAAUUUUCUUUGUACUUUUGUCAGUUAAGUAAAGGUUAAAGAGAAUGAACAAAUCACAGAUUCUGGAUUUUAUUGCAUUUUACAAAAUGUCCCACCUUUUCUUGAAAAGAGGUUGUAGCCUAUAAUAGAUUAAUUUAAAAUGUAGGCUACAAGUAUGUUAAAUCUGCCCUUGUUGUAAAAACCUGAACAGCUUUACAACGAGAGCACUUUUUUUAAUAGGCCAGAACAUUGCGAUUUAUGUUAUGGUUUAUUAGUUAAUAAUUGCCAGAGUUUUACUAGGGGAAAGAGCGUAUUUACAACAGGAUUUAAGUUCAAGUUUACUUCUGCAUUCGUGUCAUUUUGUGCAGAUGCAAGUUAAUAUUACACCUAUUGUUUUCGUCUGAUUAAUCUUAUUUGGGUAGGCUAUAUUAUACAUUUGGGUGAGUUCAUUAACCCUCUAGUAAAAGGCGUUAUUUUAUCAGUUCAUCCAAUUUCAGAAUUUUUCUUAAUCACAAUUUUUUUUUCUAAAGGUAUAUUGCAAAACGGAAUGUGGAACAAAAAUCGUUAUAUCUCAAUUAUCGUGUUUUCAUAAUCGCUGCAAGCCAAAAUCUCAUGAGAAAACGUAUGUAUUUUUACGUAAAUUGUGGUUCUACCACACGUACAUUUACUUACGUUUUCAUACACACAAAAACGUACAACAUUGACGUAUUCAUAGCACUAAGACGUAAAAAUACUUACGUAUUAACAGCAAAAAAAACGUAAAUCAUGUAACGUAAAGUGUGAAUGUAUAUGAAUUCCCAUGUAUUAAUAUUAAAUAUCGUGGCUUUAAUGAUUUAACGAUGUUUUUAGUCGAAUUUAUUGAAAGCAGUUUACUCAUCUACUUAAUAUGAAAUAACAUUUGUUUGUAACUUGUGCUGCUCGUUUCGGAGGAUUACGUAAUGUUAAACAAGACUACAAUUUGAAACCUUAUGAAUAAAAUUUCUGUAAUUCUUUAACCAUUUUGUAAUAUUUAGUUUGUUUGCUGUGCGACACAGAAGGCGUUUUCUCCUAUGCAGCGACUGACAAUACAACCAUAAAAUAUACCAAAGCACAACAUAAAUUCACAAAUCACAUCCAUUUUAUUUGUUCGCUGUACUCCCAAUCUUUAGAAUCCAUAUUUUUGUAAGGAACAGAUCCAAAUUCAGCCCUUUAUCCAUCGAUCUUCAUCUUCGUUCUCAGCAACAGCGACCGUCACAGUCAUAGCUCGCGCUCGUUAUGAUUCAAAUUUGAAAGUAGCGCCACCCUCGAGAAGCGUUACGACAUGGUUUACGGCACUGAUAUCGAACGCUCAUUGGUUAUCACCUGCUUCGUCACAGAUUGCGACAUGCCGUGUUUCAGUGGAUUGACAUUUGAAAUGAGUGCGCGCCUUCGCGGAGAGUAGCCGGAUUUAUAUUUUCAUGGAUUAAUAAGUUAAAUUCUGCUCUGUACCCUACCGCCAGAGAGGACUGGAACUCAUCAUCGCACAACUACUUUUGGUACCACUUUUGACAUUUUCGCAAAAAAUAAAUUAUUGUGAUUACGCUUGUUUGUCUGUCAUUCUUUUAUUUAUAACAGUAGGUAGUUUAAAGAAAUGGUUAUGGGUAGAUUUAAGGGUAGGUGUAGGAUUAGUGGCUCAAAAUAUCGUUUUAAUGUUAUAUUUUCACUAAAAUUGUCAUUUUCCUACACAUUUCUGUUCUUUAUGUUUUAUUCUUUUAACAUUCUGUAUAAAAUGGGUAGGUUUAGGUUCGGGAUGGGGUUUAGGGAUCUUACAUUUAUCUACAAAA